AAACUCCAUGCUGACGCUCCUCACAAACACACUCAUCACCCAACAAGGGUCCAAGGUGAACAGCAGGAAUCCGACUCAGCCGCCACCUUAAGUGGUGACCGAUCAGAUGAAGAUGAUGCGCAGCAGAUGCCAGGGGCUGGUCCAUGGGUGUGAGCCGACUGGAUGUAUUCUACCGAAGGCUGCUCCUCACCAAACUCUUUAUUGGGGGAUGGGGGAAGCCUGAAGACCUCAAGAGAAUCUUUGAGUUUCGAAAGAUAAUUGGAGACAGAGAGAAGUGCAAGUCUCUGGUUCCUCAGGACUAUCCCGUUUAUAUAAACAAGACAGAGGAGCUUGCUGACUGUCAUGUCCAAGAGGGCUUCUUUAUCUCUCCUCUGGAGCAUUUGGUUCCUGGGAUCCUGCCACAAGAGGCUGUAAAGGCCAGGUUCCAGUUCAUAGUUCCUAAGAGAUGGCAGAAGAACAGACCAGUAUGUAUCCACUUAGCUGGGACUGGAGACCAUUUUUUCUGGCGUCGGCGGACCCUGAUGGCUCGGCCCAUGAUCAAAGAGGCAGGAAUGGCGUCAUUACUUCUGGAGAACCCUUAUUAUGGUUAUCGAAAACCCAGAGACCAACUACGAUCCAGUCUAAAAAAUGUGUCGGACCUGUUUGUGAUGGGCGGGGCUUUGAUCCUGGAAUCAACAGUCCUGCUUCGCUGGCUGGAGAGAGAAGGAUACUGGCCCCUGGGAAUGACGGGCAUCUCUAUGGGAGGAUAUAUGGCGUCCCUGGCAGUGACCAACUGGCCCAAACCCAUCCCUCUAAUUCCCUGUUUGUCCUGGUCCACAGCCUCCAGUGUGUUCACCACGGGUGUGCUGAGUAAAGCAGUGAACUGGACACAGCUGGAGAAGCAAUAUGCAAUUAAUUCACGGUAUGAAGAGGAGAUCAUCAAGCUGCUGGAGUACUGUGGGGCUGAUUCCUUUAAGAUGGGUCCCAAACUUGUAACGAAUGUGGACGAGCAUUUCCACGAGCUGUCUGAAGACCACAAACUGUCAGUGAGCCAGUGCAGCAGAGUGGACGGAGGACGUGACUGUGGUGGGGCCACAGACGGAGCAGAGCAUCUGUUGUCGCUGGGGAGCAGUGUUGGAGCAAGCUUCGAAACUCUGCCAACAGCUCUUGGUGGAUAUAACGCACACGGGAGAAGGACGGAUCCCGCCGAAUGUUGUCGUCCAUCUUUACACAAAGAAUCUAUAAGUUUCAUGAAGGCAGUGAUGGAUGAGUGCACACACAUGGCCAACUUCUCUGUUCCUGUAGAUACCAGUCUCAUCGUUGUCGUCCAGGCCAAAGAGGAUGCAUAUGUGCCCCGAACAGGAGUCCUGAGUCUGCAGGAGAUCUGGCCAGGCUGUGAAGUCAGAUAUCUGAGAGGAGGACACAUCAGUGCAUACCUAUUUAAACAGAAUAUAUUCAGACAGGCCAUAUAUGAUGCCUUUGACAGAUUCUGCGUGAAGUAUCCCAACCUGCACUAGCCACUGGAGCCAGGCUGGACGUUUGCCUUCACCACUCUCAGUGUGGCAGCUGAGAUCUUUCCUUGUGAGGCACGUGUGACAUUUACAGGGUAGCCUCAGAGAAGGUGGAGCUGAGCACGCCUCUUCCUGUUUGUAUAAGCGUGUGUGAUCUAGGUGUGCGACAAACCUCGCCGUGCAUAACUGAAACUGUAGCAGUUUAAAAUGUUGUUAUGUGCUGUGAAAGAAACAUCUGGGUGUCUAGCUUCAGUUUGAUAACUGCUGGUGAUCAUUGAUAGCACUGUGUGCAGCUUUUAUUGCUCCUGUAUCACCAGGCUGCAGGUGUCCUGCUGUUUUCCACUUCUCUUCCUUAUCUGACACAACCUUGGAUGUGAUACUCGAGCCCGAGCCAUUCCAUAUGAAAUCACAGAGCUUCCUCAGAACUGACCAGUUUAUGUUGGACUGAAUUUAGCAUAUUUGAUGAAACCAUGAAAGAUUCUUACUGAAAUUGUGACGGUUGUACAGGUCCCUGAAAUUCUUAGGAGCUGGUUGAAAUCUGGCUCUUUUUUAUUUUGAUGCUGACGCUUAAAUCUUCGAUGAUCACAUGAACUUUUCUGGGCUGAAAGAAACGUUGAGUACGAGAUGUGGGAUAAAACACCGGGGGGACGCCGCUCGAUCGCUUCUCCCUGGAAUGUUGUCCUGAUGUCACAUGAAUCAAAUUUAAAGGAGGCUGAAGUAAAUGUUAAAUCACAACAAAGUUUGAUGGUAAUGAAAGUCGAAGCUUUGUCCUGUGUCCACUGUGACUGGUGGACUUUGAGGUUAACUGGCUUCACUGUGUUUGCUGUGCUGCUCACAUGUAAAGUGGAAACAAAUAAAUCUCCUUUCUGACA